AAAAAGAGUGACAGAUUUCGAGCGUACAGUGUAGGUACAAAUAAUCUUUCAUCAAACCUGUCAUAAUGGUCAAUUUAAUUCUGAAUAUUCUUAUUUUACUUACAACAUCUUAUCUGGCCGUGGACUGUGUGGAAAUCAUUUCUACGCCAAGUCUGGUGUUGCAUGAAUGCAUUCAAUGUCCAGGUAAAGAUGAUUUACCGGUUGUUUUGAAAGACACAGUCCUGAACCAGGUCUCUCCAUUUCAUAUCGACUUUUCCGGAAAGAUUUUGAUCCGAGAAGAGCUGGAUGAUCCUAUGAGUAUGAAAAUGAUACUGAGCAAGUGCAAGUCGAAAGCGGAUUCAACAUGCGAACACUACACAACUCUCAAAUUUGAAGGAGUUUGCGGUUUCGUGUCUAAAUGGAAGUCAUUCUUUGGAAACAACACACUACCUUCCAGCUGCCCUUACCCAGCGGGAGAGUAUGAAAUGAGACACGGAAAAAUCACCAAAGAUAUGAUGCAGAUGAUGCCGCUUUCUGAUUCGACCUGGAAGGUGGUCUCCAAAGGCUUCAAGGACGACAGAAUGAUAGCUUGUUCUGUUAUGAGAUUCUCAAUCAAAAGAGAAGCGAGAAAAAAGAAGGACUAAGCAUCCAAUUUUAUCUUUGAAUAUGCAAGCUAAGGUGGAGGAAGAGAAUCCAGAUCUUUGAAAUGUAAAGUUGAUAACUUGACAAAUAAAAUAAUCUGCAACUGAAUCAC